AUGACUGAAAUAUAAUUAACUGAAAUAUAAUUGUUUGUUCGCGAGUGAAUACGUGACUGCUACGAGGAAACAACAAAGGAUGAAACAACAAAAGAGAAGGACAUCUGGAAAAGUAUCGGACAGUCAGAAAGCAGGGAGAGAGCCUGAAACAGCCAGAGACAUGCGUUUCAGAAUAUUGCAUCUUGUAGAGCAAGCUUAAGGGGAGCGACAAGGUCGGUGCAGUCGACGAGAAAUUUGAGAAAUGGUUCGAGAGAACGUUUGUCGUUACGUACGCUUCCACCGACAUCGGUGGAAAUGCUCAAUGUACAAAUGCAGUUGAUUCGACUGUAUUCGAGUCCGGCACGGCGACCAAGCUUCUUGUCUCAGUUCAUCGAAAAUAUCAAACAAGAAAUGCAAAAGAACAAGGAAAUGAAAGAAUCUUUAAAGAAAUUUAGAGAGGAGGCUGAAAAAUUGGAGCAAUCAGAAGCACUGCGUACAGCGAGACAAAAAUUUCACGCUGUUGAAUCUGAAGCUAGCAAAGGUUCGGAAGCUAUUAAGGAAAAGCUAGAUACGCUUAAAGAAAAGGUUCAAGAAGUUAUCGAGGAGGCAAGUAAGACUGAAUUAGGGAAACGCGCUGGCCAAUUAGGCGAAGAGAUUACGAAAUCUGCCAAAGGUGCGGCAGAAACAAUUUCUGAAAAGAGCCAAGCACUUGGUAAGACAGGUGCAUUUCAAACGAUAUCGCAUACUGCGGAGGCCGUACGAAAUGAACUUGACCAACAUGGAAUUCUAGGCAAAGUUUAUGUUCCACCAAAAAAACUACGAAAAAGGAAAGAAGUAUCAAUAGAACCUAGAGAAAUUAUGCCUGAUCAAAAAACAACUGGUGUAGAGAUACAUAAAGAUUUUAUGUUUUCCAAUGCUUGGCAAAAAUUUAAGGAAAAUAAUCCAUACGUGAAUAAGGUAAUGGAUUGGAAGAUGAAAUACGAUGAAUCAGAUAAUGCCAUAUUUCGUGCUUCCAAAUUGCUUACGGAUAAAGUUUCGGAUAUUAUGGGCGGAUUGUUUCAAAAGACCGAGUUAUCGGAGACUCUGACGGAAAUCUGUAAACUGGAUCCCAAUUUUAGUAAAAUUCAAUUCCUGAAGGACUGUGAAACUGAUUUCAUUCCGAAUAUUCUCGAAGCGAUGAUCAGAGGCGAUCUCGAGAUUCUGAAGGAUUGGUGUCACGAAGGGCCUUAUAAUUUAAUCGCACAGCCACAUAAGGAAGUGAAGAAGUUAGGGCAUUAUUCGGAUAGUAAAAUUCUAGAUAUUGACAAUGUGGAUCUGAUGAUGGGCAAGAUGAUGGAACAAGGGCCCGUUUUAAUCAUUAGUUUUCAAUCUCAACAAAUCAUGUGCGUGAGGAACUCGAAGAAUGAGGUGAUUGAGGGAGAUCCACAAAAAGUGAUGCGCGUCAAUUAUGUUUGGGUAAUGUGUCGCGAUCGGACGGAACUCAAUUCCAAGGCCGCGUGGCGUUUGCUCGACCUUAGUGCCACCAGUUCGGAACAACUGGUAUAGUGUACGAGCGGGACAAAACUCAGCAUAAGCGUAUGAAUUACUCAAAAAAUUCAGUACGAUCAAAAGGAAUCGUCGUAUAAUGUGAAUUGAAAUAAUUGCGUUGAAAUGAGUGAUUAAACGCUAUAGAAAUUUCUUAACGAUCGCAAUAAGCGAUCUCACCGAUUUACCAGUCUACAUGAAGCGCAAGUAUUUCUUAUAAAUUGAAAUGUUUAUUUAUGUAUACAAGAUUCUAGCAACGCGAAGCAUGUAAAUUUUAAUUUUGCGUGAUGUAAGUUCAUACAUAUUGUUAUCAUUUAUAAAAUAAUAUAUUUGUAACCGUAAUCACCAGAGUCAGGAUCUCGAUGCCGUUUUCCCCACUCCCAAGUGCUAGCGAUCGAGCGUCGUGAAAAGCAAUAUCAUCUAUGCCGGUGUAGUGAUGAUAGCAAAGAGGGGACCUCAUAG